GUCAACUCUUCUUUGCAAAUUGUGCUUCUAGCAAUACCCAUGAAUGUUUCCGAACAUUGCACAUUGGAGUAGACGAUUUCGUAUUGAACGCCUCUUUCAUCGCAGCGUCUACUCCUUGGAAUGUGAACAUUGACCGCAAAUAUGGAGAAGGGCAGUAAGGCCAAGACACUAGCAACAGCGUCCACACUUCAGAAGGUCGUGUGCCCAGCGCCUGAGAGGGACCCCCAAGAGAUUUUGAGCAAUGGCUGGCGAAAGGUUGGAGAGCAGAAGCGCUACACAAACCAUUUGGCAAACGGCUUGCCUUAUUACGGAGUCCGCCUCGCCUCGCGCCACGAUGUCUUUCGUGCUGAAAACGCAGCUAACUCUCAUCGGACUAACGGGCGACAGGUGCUGGACAAGAUGUUUGGUCACUUGCGGCCUCACCAUGACACGGCACUCGUAGCCGCUCUACAGCAUAGAGAUGAACAGGAGCUGGAAAACGGACUGGGCUCCCAGGCGGCCCGGGCCGCCUUUUACCGUCCUAAUGUCAGCGCGGCGCUUCAUGCCAUGGGUGUGGAGGGGCUGUCCUCCGGCGGCGCUCGGAAGCCGCUCCGCCGCAUCUCCAGCUCAACCCUGAGCUACAUUAGCUUUGGAGGCAGCAGCAGCUGCGCUGGGGAGGAGGCGGGCGGCAGAGUACCUCUGAGGGGUUGCAUGAGCUUUCGGUCGGACUACAGCGAGGCGGGCUCGGAAGCUCAGCAGCAGCAGCAGCAGCCGCUGCUGCUGCGACAGCAGCAACCGCAACAAUACCAGCAAUCGCAGCAGCAGCAGCAGCAACAGCAACAACAAGACCAAGAGCCGCUAUCACAGCAGUUAGCAGAACGAAAACCGCCAACACAACCGCCGCAACCGCCCCAGCCGCAAAAGCGGCCCAUGUCUCACCGUCACGUUCACCACCCUUCCCAUCCCCAUUCCCAUCAACAGCAUCAUCAACAGCAUCACCAUUCUCAACAGCAGCAAUCGCAACCGCACACUCAGCAGCAACCACCGUCGCCGCAGCUGCACCUUCAGCCACAGCCACCGCCGUCACCGCCAGCGCAGCAGUACCAGUCACAGCCACCGCCGACGCCGCUCCAGUUGCCGCCCCAGCCACAAGAGGGAGCCAUUCACCAUCCGGCCAGCAGUACCACCAGUGGUGGCGGCGGCGGCGGAGGUUCGGGCGGCGGCAGCGCCCCAGUCUCUGGCGUGACGGAGGUGCACUGGCCGCAACCGCCGCCGUCCCCGCCGCCUUGCUGUCCUACAAGAGGAGGCGGCGGAGGUGGCGGCUGCGAUAGCCCGCGGCUAGCCCACCUCCGAGCCGCAGCCGGCGACGGCAUCCCCGCCGUGCCUGCUCACGCCCCAGGCGGAGGCGGCAGCUGUCCGUCGCCACGACAAAGACGUGGCGGAGGCGGAGGCGGCGGCAGCAGCCUUCCAGAUGGCAGCACCGGCGUCGACGGCGGCAGUGACGGCGGCGUCAGCGUCAGCAGUCUGUGCACGCCGCUACCGGCCGUCGGCCGACCUCUGCUCACUCCCGAGCCGUCAGCGGCGGGUGCUGCAGCGGCGGGGGCAGGCAGCCAGGAGGGGGGCUGCAUGCAGCCGCCUAGGACGCCGCAGGGGCAUGGACAGGCGCGGGGGCGAGGAGGAGGAACCGGGGUUCAAGGUGGGGGUCCGCAUGCAGAGGUGUGCUCGCAAUUGGUGCUGGAUGCGGCUGGCUCGUCUGCCGUGACGGAGGCAGCGGGGGCGGCUUGUUCGCAAGAGCAAUCUCGCUUGUCUAUAACGAGUGGUGAGGCGACGCUGCCCUCCAUUGGCGGCGGAAGCGGCGGCGGUGCGAGCAGCACCAGCAGCGGCGGCGGAAGCGGCAGCAGCAGCGGAGGUUGUAGUGAGGUGGGCGGGGUUGCGGGAGGCAAGACAGCCGCCGUUGGGGGAGCACGAACUCGACGGUUGUCCGUAAUUGUGACGGACGCCGGAGGUGAGGGCGGCAGCGGGGGCGGAGCCGGCGCGGCACCGCAUUCCGUGCCGAUGUCGACACGUCCGCCGCGGUUGUCGUACAACGGCACAUGUGGCACCGUUGCCAGCGGCGGCGUCGCCGGUGGCGGCGGCCCCGGACGUAACGGCGGUGGCCGCUACAGCCCCGCUGGCUGUAGCUGCGGUGGCGGCAGCGGCGGCGUCACGCCGUCGCUGCCGUACCGAGCGAGCAUCGACGGCGCGGGACGCUGCAGUACGGCAUCUGACCUGGCGUCUAGCACUUGCAGUCCAGUGCCAACAAACGGAGCCGGCGUCGACGUCAGCAGUGGUACGGCAACGGGGCCAGCAGGAGGAUUCCUUGCAGGACUGCAAUCUCCCGUCCGCUGCACUGGCGGCAGCGGCGUUUCCUCGACUCGUUGUACGACCCCCACUCAUGCCGUACCGCUGAGCAACCUAGAUGACUUGGCGGCGACGGGGCUGGGCGACGCGAUUACGCUGCUGCGCAGCAUUCGUAAAGGCACUGGCGGCGGCGCUGGGAAGGGCCAUAAAACCGAACCUGGUCUGGCCGGCCUGCUGCCCACGCAGCUGCUGGCGGUCCCGCUGCCUCCUGUGGAACAUUGGCAGAGCAACCGGCGGCCCACUUCCGCCAUGGACCCCUGCAAGGGAAUCCGGUUGGUGGAUGCGCCCAUGUACGUACUGCCCAGACCGCAGGCGGAGGCGGGGCUGCAGCUCAAGAUGGUGGCCCACCAGGCGGCCAUGCGGGACCUGGUGAAGGCGGAGGGGGCGCCCAUGAGCGAGGCGGAGAUGGAGGCGGCCAAGCUGCUGGGGCGGCUGGAGCGCAGCGGCGCACGACACCGCAACUUUGGGGACUGUGAGGAGGCGCGGGCGGCGCCGGCAGUAGCAGGGGGGGCGGGGACGGGGGUGCUGGCGGGGUAGGGGGGAUAUGUAGGGGGGUUGCGGAGCGGCAGCCUGUGGGAGAGGUGUAGGCUACUGCUGCAUGUUAGUUGGCGUUGGCGGCAUUGGCGCUGUGAUCAUUAUGUGUGCCGCGAGGCCUUUGCCGGUGUGUCAUCAGGGUCGAGUGGGUUCAAAGCAGCUGGGGUGCAAAGGGGCUGAGAUGGCCUCGAGUGUGUUCGGGGCUGCGGAGGGGCAUCGACUCUCCAUCCAGCCAUUCAUCGGGUGCAGAGCUGGAGAGCUGCAGACAGGGGGUAAAGGCGUCUACCAAAGCAUAUUCGGCGGUUCGGCGGUGCCGUGUCGUGUUUCGUGCUGAGUAAAGGGAUGAUGACUGGUUGUAUGUUGAAUAACAGUAUUGUACAGACUAUAGGAUUUUUUCAUGCAUACCUUGCAUUCCUGACAUGCGGUCUGCAUUCUUGACAUGCGGACGGAUGUGUCUGUCCUCCCGGAAUGUUCUUUGUAUCUAUUUUGGUGACGGUUGGGUGGUUGGGUUGUGUGAAACCCCAUACCCCAGAUCUCUUCAUGCAUGGGGGCACUCUUGGACAUCCCUGGAUAACGUUUCGGCGAGGCUUUCCCUGCUGGGCCCCUCUUUUACACAUCCGCGAGUGUGCUGCCGGAUUGUGCUUGCGGCAAUAAAGCCGACCGGUCUUGGUGAGUUGGAGAUGCACGAUGUGGUAUCUGGUAUGGAACUGCAUGGAUUGCAUGUCAUGUCUCAUGUGGCACACCAGAUUACGCAUACUACUGCAUGGGUGACGUUGACGUUGUGUGAGUUGGAGUGGUGCAUCGGUAUGAGUUGUAUGAGUCGGAAGCAAACCUAGCAAAGCCGGCCCCAUGUGUGAGGUGGGAUGAUGACUCAUGCAACACCCCUCUUCAUCACUAUCUUGAAAGGAGGUGCUAAAUCUGCAAUACACGUUACUUGGGUCGUGGCGGUGUUCGUUCGGAGAGGUUUUGGACUUGAAGGGGCUCUUCUGUGUGAUUUCCGGGGCCCUCUUGGGGCUCGAGCGCCAUGCUUGUAUGCAUGCCCUGCUGCAGGCCAUGUUGUGCUGGUAUCUGACGACGGUGCUGACAAACUUCCAAAAAGUCCCACUGAUUUGACCCGACUUGUGUGCAAUGGCUGACGAACACGGCACACAAGUGUUGUGUGCCGUGGCCCCUCUUGGCCCCAUUGAAUGCGGGUUGUGAAGACCUUCCACCUCGGCAUCUCCUGAGC